AUGUCAUCCGAAUCAGCACAACAACAAACAAUCACAACACAACAGCAGAUCAUUCCUACUGCUUCCCAAAACCUUCUUAAUGAUAAAUGGGAUAUUGUGUUGUCCAACGCAUUGAUCAAGACCGGUUUGGGAUUUGGUGGAGGUGUAUUGGCAUCGAUAUUAUUUUUUAAAAGAAGACAGUUCCCAGUAUGGCUCGGAAUUGGUUUCGGUUUAGGUAGAGGCUACUCUGAAGGUGAUGCUAUCUUCAGAAGUGCUGCAUCUGCGCAUGGAUUGAGAACUGUGAAGAAAUAA